UGGCGGGGAGGAGCGCGGCCGCGGGGGCGCGCCCGGGUGACUCCGCCCCCCCAGCUCCCCUCCCCUGAGUACCGGGUGCCGGGCUCGCGCGGCUUGGUGCAAGGAGACCGGGGACCCCGCGCCAGCCGCCCGCCCGCCCCUGCGCCCUGGCCCCUGCGUGCGAGGCGCCGCGCCCUCCUGCUGCCCUGCCUGGUGCAUGGAGGGGCCCGUUCGGAUCGCAGCCGCCGCCACCGUAGCCGCCGCGAGAGCGCGGGGGAUGACCUGGGGGUGGCUUUCGGAGCCGGCUGCCGCGCAGGAGGUGUGGGGGCUUAGCCUGCCCCGCUGAGAGGCAGGACUGUGGUGAUGUGUUUUUAGCACUGAAGUGAACGCCACUGUAAGUGCAGAAAGUCACUCCUCUGCUUUCCCUCCGAAGCACAAGCAUCUACACGUUGCAGACUUGUGGGCCAAGGCCUGGAUUUUGCUCUGGAAGUCUGUCCUGCUCACUUCUGUAAUCUGGCGCUAUGCAUCCAGAUCCCGGACCCUUACAGACACUGCUGUAUGUUACCCUUAUGAUUCUGUGCUCUUCUGUGAGUUCAGACGUGGCACCUUAUUUUAUUUCUGAGCCAUUGUCUGCUGUCCAGAAACUUGGUGGACCUGUAGUACUGCAUUGUUCUGCUAAACCUGUGACCGCUGAUAUCUCAUGGUUGCAUAAUGGAAAAAGAUUGGAUGGAAACGUGGAACAGAUUGAGAUUCAUCAGGGGACUUUGACUAUUCUUUCUCUUAACCCCUCCCUCUCGGGUUACUACCAAUGCAUUGCCAACAAUAGCAUCGGUGCAAUUGUGAGUGGCCCUGCAACAGUAUCCGCUGCAGUUCUUGGUGAUUUUGGCUCAUCAACAAAGCAUGUUAUUACAGCAGAAGAAAAAAGUACUGGUUUCAUUGGCUGUGAGGUACCAGAUAGUAACCCCAAAGCUGAGGUGCGCUAUAAAAUCCGGGGAAAGUGGCUGAAACAUUCCACAGAGAAUUACUUAAUCCUUCCAUCAGGAAAUCUUCAGAUUUUGAAUGUAUCCUUAGAGGACAAGGGAUCGUAUAAAUGUGCAGCUUUUAAUCCUGUCACACAUGAAUUAAAAGUUGAACCCAUGGGCCGAAAGCUCCUUGUGAGUCGACCUUUGUCAGAAGAUUUUCACAUUCUUCACCCCACCCUUUCACAGACAUUAGCUGUUCUUUCUCACAGCCAUGUAACCCUGGAAUGUGUGGUGAGUGGGGUCCCGGCUUCUCAAGUGCGCUGGCUGAAGGACGGUCAGGAUGCUGUGCUGGGAAGCAAUUGGAAAAGGCUAUACUCUCAUCUUGCCACCGAUAGCAUUGACCCAGUGGACUCUGGGAACUACUCCUGUGUGGUGGGAAACAGGUCUGGAGAUGUAAAACAUGUGACUUACAUGGUUAAUGUACUUGAACAUGCUUCAAUUUCUAAAGGACUGCAGGAUCAGACUGUGUCUCUGGGUGCCACGGUGCAAUUUACUUGUGAGGUUCAUGGGAACCCAGCCCCCAACCGUACCUGGUUUCAUAAUGCACAGCCUAUUCAUCCUUCCCCACGACAUCUAACUGCAGGAAAUAGAUUGAAAAUCAGUGGUGUUACCUUGGAAGAUUCUGGGCUGUAUCAGUGUGUAGCAGACAAUGGGAUUGGAUUUAUGCAGUCUACUGGGAGACUUGACAUUGAAAAAGACAACAGCCUCAAGCCAGUUAUAAUUACAGCGCCAGCCAGUGCAAAGGUGGUGGCUGGAGACGGUGUCACUCUGUCCUGCCUCGCCGCUGGAGUGCCAGCUCCAGUCGUUCGCUGGUAUGACAGGCGUGGAUUGAUAACCAGCCAUCCGUCUCAAGUUCUUAGAUCUAAAUCCCGAAAACCACGCGUGUUAAGACCUGGGGGCUCUGACCUGGAGCCCGUCUACUUCAUCAUGUCCCGAGCUGGCUCCAGCUCUCUGUAUAUUCAGGCUGUUACUCAGGAACAUGCUGGGAAGUACACCUGUGAAGCUUCAAAUGAGCAUGGCACCACACAGUCAGAAGCAGUCCUCACAGUUGUUCCUUUUGAAACAAAUACAAAAGCAGAAACAGUCACACCUUCCGAGCCCACUCAGAAUGAUGAAAGAGCUGGUUCAGAAACUGGAUUAUUGAGCUUAUUUCCAGUGAAGGAACAUUCCAGUGCAGUGGAAUCAACAUCAGAGAAAAAUGCUAGUGGUGCCUCUGUUCCCGAUGCCCCCAUCAUUCUGAGCCCUCCACAGACCCACACACCAGACACGUACAACCUGGUCUGGAGUGCGGGCAAGGACGGCGGGCUGCCCAUCAAUGCCUAUUUUGUGAAGUAUCGAAAGCUAGACGAUGGUGUUGGUGUGGUGGGAAGCUGGCACACAGUUCGAGUCCCAGGAAGUGAAAAUGAACUCCGUCUAACGGAACUGGAGCCUUCCAGUCUCUACGAGGUUCUGAUGGUAGCAAGAAGCGCAGCAGGUGAAGGGCAGCCUGCCAUGCUUACCUUCCGAACUAGCAAAGAGAAAAUAGCAUCAUCCAAAAACACCCAGGCGUCCUCUCCACCCAUGGGCAUCCCUAAGCGCCCUGUUGUUUCGGAGGCUGCAGACAACUUUGGAGUGGUGCUUACAGAUUCCUCUAGGCAUAGUGGAGUUCCAGAGGCGCCUGAUCGGCCUACCAUCUCUACUGCCUCUGAGACGUCCGUCUACGUCACUUGGAUUCCUCGGGCAAAUGGGGGUUCUCCAAUCACCGCCUUCAAGGUUGAAUAUAAACGGAUGAGGACUAGUGAUUGGCUGGUGGCCGCUGAAGACAUCCCUCCUUCCAAACUUUCUGUGGAAGUUCGUAGUUUAGAGCCAGGUUCAACAUACAAAUUUAGGGUCAUUGCCAUCAACCAUUAUGGUGAGAGUUUCCGGAGUUCUGCAUCUCGUCCUUACCAGGUGGCUGGGUUUCCCAAUCGGUUUUCUAACCGCCCCAUAACUGGACCUCACAUUGCGUACACAGAAGCUGUCAGUGAUACUCAGAUCAUGCUCAAGUGGACAUAUAUUCCAUCAAGUAACAAUAACACUCCCAUUCAAGGAUUUUAUAUCUAUUACCGGCCAACAGAUAGUGACAAUGACAGUGAUUACAAGAGGGAUAUUGUAGAAGGUUCAAAGCAGUGGCACAUGAUUGGCCACCUGCAGCCAGAAACCUCCUACGAUAUUAAGAUGCAGUGCUUCAAUGAGGGCGGAGAAAGCGAGUUCAGUAAUGUGAUGAUCUGUGAAACUAAAGUGAAACGUGUUCCUGGAGCUUCUGAGUAUCCUGUCAAAGACUUGAGUACUCCUCCAAAUUCUUCAGGAAGCGGAGGAAACGUCGGGCCUGCAACCAGCCCAGCCAGAAGCAGUGAUAUGUUGUAUCUGAUUGUUGGCUGUGUGCUAGGUGUCAUGGUUCUCAUUCUCAUGGUUUUCAUUGCAAUGUGCCUGUGGAAGAACCGCCAGCAGAAUACCAUACAGAAAUAUGACCCACCAGGAUAUCUCUACCAAGGGUCAGAUAUUAAUGGGCAGAUGGUGGAAUACACCACUCUGCCUGGCACAAACCGGAUAAGUGGAAAUGUUCAUGGAAGCUUCAUAAGCAAUGGAGGUCUCAGCAAUGGCUGCUCCCAUCUUCACCAUAAGGUCCCUAAUGGAGUCAAUGGAAUCGUGAAUGGGAGCUUAAACGGAGGGCUUUACUCCGGGCACACGAGCUCUCUAACCAGGACACAUGUGGAUUUUGAACAUCCUCGUCAUCUAAUGAAUGAUGGUGGAAUGUACACAGCAGUACCUCAGACUGACCCAUUGGAGUGCAUUAACUGUCGAAAUUGCCGGAACAACAAUAGGUGUUUCACCAAAACCAACAGCACUUUCAGCAGCAGCCCCCUUCCUGUGGUCCCAGUGGUAGCACCUUAUCCUCAGGACAGUUUGGAAAUGAAGCCCCUCAGUCGCAUGAAGAUGCCUGUGUGUCUGGCUUCCACAGUCCCCCAUUGCAGCCAGUCACCUGAGGAGAACAUCAAGGAUGAUGUGGCACAAAGACCUGCUCAACAUACUUGUUGUCAGGGCAGUAGAAAUGAGAUCAACCCUGAUUGCAUGGAAGACACAGCAGAGUUCAACAGAGGAGACAGCUGUGUCCAUUCAGAAACAGAGAGCAAAGUUUUAAGUUGGAAUCCUCUUAUUUUGCCACCUGUUUCAAAGGACUGUACUGAAAAGACAACAUGUUCUCCUCCUGGCAUUCCUCUAGACAGCGCUUCAGGGGUCCUUCAGCAACCCCCGGAAACCUGAGGAUAUGCCAAUCACCAGUCAUGUUUCCCGGUUCAAGCCAGUAACUGCACAAAGCAGGCCUGGGGAUGGACUGUGUGAAGGACAUUCAUUCAAACCAGAGAAAAUCGUUAUUUAUUUUUUUGUAGUAAUCAUGUCAUGUGAAUGUAUCUUAAAAUGUGUGCCCUUUUAUAUUAUUUAUGCCUUAAAAUUUUCCCUCCCUAUUCCUUUCUCCUGCUCAGUAGCACACAACCUAAUUUUGCAUAGUUUUCAAUCAUCUGAGGGCAGUGGGAUCAUUCCAUGUUUUCCAAGAACCUCAGUGACAGUAAGAGCUCCUCUUGCAAGGAUCCAGCCUAUUGGCUGAUUCUGCCAAGAGGGAAUUGCACAGGCCGUUUGAAGUUUUCAGAUAGAAAGCUGUCUUUCAAUAUUGUGUUAUCAGACUUUCUGAGAACGUUUUGAAAUCAACCACAGUUGUAACCUGAGUUUAUAAUAGCAGAUCUCUUAGAAAUUUUAUGAGUGCCUUCCACAAAAGUGAUAGUUGACCUGUUGCCUCGGUGUAUCUCUCUCUCUGGGCACAAGUUAUGUUCAGUUGUCUAGGCACUAAUCAUAAACAGUGUCAUGGACAAGGGUGAGGUGAAGGUCUAGUCGGGUCAUUGCAGUAUGCAGAAAGGGAGCCAAGGCCAGAGAGAAAAAGAAUGCCAUCAAGUCCUACUACUUCAAAAUUGCUCUAGUUUAUAAAAUGGUCAGCAUGGGGCUCCUUUUGACUGUUUCUAAGAGUAGGAACGAAAUAAUACUGAAGUGGUGACUUGAAGACAAAGAUCCGCGUUUUAAGAAGAAAGGGGAGGGCUCCAGGGAGCAUUUCUUGGCAGAAGCUCUCCUGUUAGUGUAGGAUUGUGCUCAUGGUGCCAUACCACCCGAAAAGCGUCAUUUUCUAACUUCCAACAUGGGCAAUACCUGAAGAUGUGAGUGUCAGAAAAGACUUAAUGUGGAGGGAAAGGGGUAUGGUUUGAAAUUUCCCGACCCUUUCUUCAGGAUGUCGUCAUUGUAAACAGGCACCUAGAGCUGUGUUUGGCAGAGCUCAUAAGCCAGUUACUGCUGCCUCUGAGUGACACAGACGUUUGCAGCUGCCUUCAGUAGGCUUUUCUUCUCCACAUCUAAAAGAAACCACACUAUACGUGUAUUUAAUAACUUGAGUCCAGCUUGAAUGGAUCACUGCUCUUUUUUGGAUUGUGCUUCCCCUUUAGGAAAGCAAGAGGAAAUGAUUCUCUCUAUGUAGAGUCAAGCAGUUCCAGCAUAAAAGAAAAAAUUUUACAAGUUCCCAGAAAUUGCAGUGAAAUAGACUAGAAUACUAUGUUAAUCAACUUUCUGUAUAAAUGCAUCAGUAUUCCCUUACAUAUGUCUAUAUAUUUUAUAAAUAGAACUGGUAGUGAAAUGUGCUGUUUAAGCUGGGUCACUAUGCAAGAAUUACUUUGAGUAGGUUGUAGUAAAUAUAGUUUCAUAGUCAGGUGUUAGGGAUGCUGUAGAAUCAAGGUCUACGUUCCAGAUGUCCAUGCCUCUAGUAUACUGGAUUUAUUCUUCAUGUUGCUUAGAUGCAGUUAGCUCUGGAGGGGGAUCGCUGCGUCCUUACUUCUGUGACUAGCAAAGGACAAGGUCCUAGUAUGUAGAAUAUGAAAACAUGCCCCGUGUUUGCCAAUCAAGUCACAGCGAUGCUGUCACAAAGGAAGUUUUAGAAAACUGGGGCAUAAAUGUUCGUAGGCAGUCAUUUUGAUUCAGGAAACAGAGGUGUAUUAGCAUGAGCCUUAGGUCAUAAACUGCUUUCAAAGAUUGAGUUUGAAUGUGGGAUUUGUCCACUAGGAAGAGAAAAUGACUUUACCUUUAGGGCAAUCUCAUUGUGGACUGCUUUAUUUAUAUUAUUAGUAACGCUGUUUUAAGUGUUAUCCCUUUUAUUGUAUUUUAUUUAUAAAAAAAUGCCUUUAUAUAUUGAGAUAUAUAAAUAUAAAUAUAUAUAUAUAUAAUUGCCUUUAUGUUUAGGAGUUAUGAGUUCUCCCUAACCAUGAGUUGUUCUCAACUUCUAUGCCCUGCACAGUCACCAGAAACAGUCCUGCCUAAUGUUACUUCACCAGGAAGUCAGAGGACACAGUACAGUGUGGGAGAUGGCACUAAACAUUUGUGGCGUCACCGCUGUGUACCAGGCACCGUGCUUGGUGCAUGUUACUGCUAUCACCUCAUUAACCCUCACGACAAAUCUACAGAGUAGGUGUUGAAGUCCCCUAGUCACACAGUCGCAGAGCAUGAAUUUGAACCUGGUUUAUUGGGAACAGUUAUCUGAGCUCCUUCCAUUUUUCUGUACUGCUUUCCAAAAGCACUGUGGUUCGCUCUUUGGGUGGGCCAGUCCAGUUCUGUAUGCUUGUGUCCGCCCUGCUGCGUGACUCCUCUGGCGCGCUAACUCUACGACUGGAGAAAGUGCUCUCUGUCCUACGUGGACAGAGCUCCGUGCUGAUUGCUGGGUCUUCCCGGAGUCCACACUGCUCUCCGUGACCCCCUCACCACCACCCCCGCCCGGGAAUUUGAUCUUCUCUCGGCUUAGUGAUCGCAUAGUUGGUCAGGCCCCCUCAUGUUCCUUCUCCUCUUAGAAUGCUCUGGGAUUGUUUAGCCUGGAGCUUCCCCCACUCCUGUUCUAUCAUUUCACUCUCUCUUUUUUGUCCUCCUUUCGGUUACGCACCGACAGUCUGGUGAUAGGUGCUGUACAGGAUGUAAGUUAAGUUGCAAUGUUGUAUACCUUUUGAAGUGGUCUUUUAAAACAGCCUUUCUUUCUGGGUUUUGUUUUUGUGGAAUGAGUCUACGAAGGCUGAUACAUCCAUAUUAGGCUGAUCACGUUGCAAAUCUUACUCCAGCUGUAGUACUGCCAAGAAGUUAAUUUUGUCAUUGAAUUUCACCUGUGUUGCUCUCUUAAAGCAAUAACUUUGAGAUGCAUGUUUUUGUAUCAUAUUGAAAAGCAUGUUUUGUUUUCCUUAAAGUUGUAAUAUUAUGUUUUGAAAUUGUACAUAUUUUAAAUGCUCUAGCUUUGACAGGUUUUAGUGGUUCGUAUGAUUUUAUAUUAAAAGAAUGCUGCUUUCAUGUGGAGUAGCACGUGAAGAUGGGGAGAUGGGCGUCCUCAGAUACUCCUUGUUUGUCUAGAGCUGCUUGUAGCUUGAGACGAGGGUGGGUGUAUGUGUUACUCUGAAAUUCUUUGGAACCUCCACCCCUGUUGUCCUCUGAAAAUCCCCUGUGCAUGCCCAAGAGCCAAGUGAGUUAAUUUCUUCUGUUCCGCCUGCAGAGAUCCAAGCCCCGAAGGAACAGGAUCUGGGACAAAUGUUUUAUGGGGAGGCUGGGAAAAAGCCUAAGCCAAGGAGCUGUGUCGAAGCAGGCAGACCCCCUUAGGGAUUCUUCCAGGAUUUCUUUGGAUGGGAGGGAGGCGUGAGGAGCGUGGGGAGGAGUGGUUGCUUCUGGCACAUCAUCUAUUUUUAUCGUUAUCCUGGAGCAGCAUCUGUAUGAACUCCAGGGUAGAAAUUUAGCCUCCUCAGGUUAAAGAGCACUGCAGACCCACCAAAGAAGCAGCUUUGUUUUACUGCCCUAGAAAAUCAAAGGGUAUGGGCUGCUCUGACCAGAAAGCCAACAGGGUCCUUUUCAUGGGGUGGAGAGAGGGGGCCUUGUUAUAUUUUAUUCCCCAUAUUUAAAUAAGCCUUCAUUAAACCUCAGCCCCAGUCCUGAGAGCUUUGAGGGAACCUGAAACCCCUUUUCUAAUAAAGUCUAAAUCUGUGAGAACCUAAGAAGCAACUUAAGUCUCU